AACUCUGAACUGGAACACGAAACAUGAGGCUACCAGUGUCACUCCAGCGUUCGAUACAGCUGUCCUCAAGAGCGAAGGGAGCUAGCCACGGAAGGCGUUAUAUACAAACCACAGUCAACUCUGACGAGAUAAACCAUUUUUCACGGUUGUCUGCUCAGUGGUGGGACGAACAUGGCGAGUUCGCUUUUCUCCACCGAAUGAAUCCUGUCCGCAUGCAGUUCGUACGCGAUAAAAUUAUUGAAACUGCUCGUGAUGAGCACGACGAGAGCGUUACGGAUGAAAUAGGCAUCAAGAAGGAUGUGCUUACAGGCAUGGACGUACUUGAUGUAGGAUGUGGAGGUGGUUUGCUGUCCGAGAGUCUCGCAAGGCUAGGUGCGAAUAUCUUGGGAAUAGACGCGUCAGAAUCAAACAUAGGAAUAGCCUCUUUGCAUUCGGCCGCUGAUCCUCAGCUUUCACCAUCACCACCUGGGUCUCGCUCUCCAAGUGGUUCUUUAUCAUACCGCAAUAUUGCAGCCGAAGGGCUUCUUCAAGAGCCCAGAAGGUUCGAUGUUGUCUGUUCGAUGGAAGUGCUUGAGCAUGUCGAUAACCCUGCCACAUUCUUGUCAACUUGUGCCGAGCUUGUCAAGCCUGGCGGUCACCUCUUCCUAUCCACGAUAGCACGAACCCCUCUCUCCUACUUCCUUACUAUAUUUACUGCAGAAUACCUCCUGCGCAAAGUAUCCAUCGGAACACACACAUACUCAAAAUUCGUCAACCCUUCUGAAAUUGUGUCCUUCUUCCAAAGUUACCGUUCCCCUCUGUUGACAUCUCAUGACGCACCGGAUAGUUCAAGUUUCGGUAGACCGUGGAUAACCCGUACGUACGACCAUGGACUGCCUACGCGAACUGAGGCAGAAGUAAGGGGGAUGAUAUAUGUUCCCUGGAAAGGCGAGUGGGUGUUGAUGCCACGAAGUUCGACGGCGUGGGGAGCUACAGAGUGCAAUUAUAUGUUUUGGGUGAGAAAACCACGGGAGUAACCUUGGACGCUUCUAUUGCAAAUAGUAUCAUUUAUCAUACAGAAUCGUACCUAUGCUCAAUCCGACAAAAUAAGUAUAACGAGAAUAAUGUUACAUUCAUUGAUAGCAAAUGCAAGAAUGAAGGGAAAGUGACGGAUCUCUGAGCUGUGAAUGUCAAACCAGACAUGUGGCUCGGUAUAAAAGAGAGGCGGUGUGUCAAUAAAUAAUCAAGACCGGGACCAGGACCAAGACCAGAUGCCAAAGCAAAGGAAGUGCAAGAUGUGAAGCCCAAAAUGUCAGAGACGAAUGUCGCUGCAAUGCCGUAACAAGAAGUUUAAUAAAAGCUGUAAAAGUCACGACAUGAGGCGUUCUCCCCAUACCAGCCUCUGCCUGUGGGCUCUAUAUGCGCCGCCCAAUGCCACCCAAGCAACGCAAACAAACAUGAUAAAAGAAAGAGCGAAGAGAAACCUCAUUGUUGUCUUCCAUCUCCAGGAAACAGGGCUCGAGGAAGUAAAAAUGAUUGUUCGCCAGCGUUCAUGGAAGUCCGUGUUUAGCCAUUCGAGGUCCUUGACGAGAUCCUUGGCCUGCGUGCACGAGAUGGAAUCAAGCAAACAGUAACGCAUUCGAAAUGAAAUAAUUCGUGCUGCGGAAGAACUAAAUCUUACCUUCCGUCUACCAGAGUCGUAGACAUAACGUAUUGUGGAAACUUGAGACUGUAUGGUGGGUAAAGCGGUGGCCAAUUUAUGUAGUGAUACCAGCGAGUCGUCAAGUUCGUCUUCAAUACGCGGUACGUGCAAAUUAAGUGCGCGGUCAGCACGUUUGGUGUUGCGCU